GCUGCUUCGAGUCGAGAUGACCACCCUUUUCCCACUGUCGACCUUAACAGAUCCACCGUGCGAUGACUCGGUAUCAACUCGCUCUCCAACGCACACGUCUCCAGUAGAAUACGAUGGAUCAAGUGAGAGUGACAGCGAGCUCUUGCUGAGUCUCUUCGGUCAUCCCGGACAGGAUUCCGAUGUCGCUGACCGAGGUGGUCGUCCAUUUCCUUACACCCGCUCCAAGACGCGAUGGCGUAAGCGUCCGAACGAUGAGCUCAAGUACCUGCGAGCGCAGAUCACCGAGCUUGAAGGCUUGGUCAUAACAUUGAGCCAUUCCGACCCUCGCCCGAAGUUACUGCGCCAUGGUGAAGAUAAUGGAGAUAAAAAGCAAGUGCAAGUGCUCCAGAAACUCUCGGAAGAAAGUCACAAGAAGAAGAUGGAGGCAGCUUUGACCGAGAACCGGAAGCUCAAGGCCAUGGUAGCAAGUAACUUUCAAGUGGCUAAGGCGCUGCAAGCCGCUCUUGACGAGAACAUGCGCCUGAGAGCGCGUAAAAUUUGCUGGCCUAGCAGCGCCGCCGCUUCGGAUGAACUGGUGUUCGCCUUGCUGGACGAAGAAAAGGAGCUGCAGUACGCUGCGACAGACAAAGUCCUGGACGCGAGUGGGAUCGCUCGGAUCUACCAUCCGUAUUUCUCCGAGCCCGAACUCCACCGUGAGGGCAGUGGAGUGAAUUUUCAGCACAAUGACGUUCGUGUACUCCCCUUCGCUGUGGCAGACGUUGUUCGAGCGCUGCGUCACAGCUUGAGGCAUGGAUCAAACGUUGGUCCCUCGCAACACUGUCGUAAAUUUCUCAUACAGGACGCCUUCUCUCAAGCGGUAACGGUGGACAACGUGGAAGUCCUUGGCACGCGUCCAGCUGUAAUCAAGGGCCGGCAUUUGCUUUGGUCUGUCGUUAAGCCUGAACGAACGGUCAUCAAUUGGUCGAGCUUCAACGAAUACGACGGAGCCAAGCACAUUCGACUUCUCAAGAGAUUGUGGUUCUCUGUCGAGCCGAUCGCCUUACACGCCGGUCCAUCGACACAUGGUUGUAUUCUGCGAACCAUCGUUCGGUUCACUCCUGUGGACCCUGAGACCAGUCUGAGAGACAUUGAAGAGAUGGCGGAUGUCAUCAUCUCGGGCUACAAGCGCGACUCGGUGAGGGUCGUCAUGGCGGUGAGAGAGCAAUUGGCAGCCUUAGCCGCGUCGAGAAAUUCAACAAUAUAA